AUGACUUUAAGAUAUGACACCUUUGGUAUUUCAAGAUCAGCAUCACCGAAACCAAUACUUAGAACAAUAGAAGACGAUGAAAUCGAAGAAGCUAUUCAAGCAGAAGAAGUAACAAUCUUAUCAAAUCAAGAUAAAUUAGCAAGAGAAUCAGAUGUUACAGUAUCCAAUAUUCAUCAAUCCCAAGCAGAAUAUAGUGGAUUUACAAUAUAUGUAUUAAGUUCGUUAUCGCUAAUACUUUAUAUACUUUGGUCUUUAACACCUCCUCAUAUUUUGACUAGUUUAUCAAUUGAUUAUUAUCCUGAUAAAUAUUGGAGUAUAGCAAUCCCAAGUUACUCAUUAAUGUUAAUGUUGUUUACUUACAUUGCAUUAGCGUUAUAUAAUACCGAAAUCUUGACUUUGAAAUUGAAUGAUAUCAACACAUUUGUGGAUCUGAAUUCUCAAUUUCCUGGCGAAUCUAAAGCUGAUGAGUUGUCGGUUGCUGAAAGGAAUAAAGUUGUUUUGGAUUAUGCUCAAAAAGCUCCUAGUGGAGUCUGGGAUUUACCAAUAACUUUGGUCAAUGAGGAACUUUACGAUAGAGAUGACGAUUAA